AGUUAUUGUCAUAGAAGUCAUCGGAUUGCCCUAAAUUCAAUUCAAGUCGUCGCUCUCUUGUCAUCACUAAUAUUCAUAGUUACGCUGAGUGUCCACGUCUAAAUGUAACUUUAAAUAAGGUAAUUCCAGUGAAUAACAGUUUCAUAUUUCCAGCCAAUUAAGUGAAACGUCAUAAUAAUUUCCCGCUAAAAUAACUGUUCAGUAUGUAGGCCUAUCUAGUGGAAUACUGGAGUAUUAUGUGGUGUCGUGAGAGAGUGGGGAGGAUUUGGUAUUGCCAUUCUAAUAAGCUAGUCUUUGACAGUUCAGUUUGAAGGGUGCCCACUUGUUAUAGCGUUGUUGGCUCAUCACGUGCAUUAAUUUAUUACUAUUAUUUGGAACCUGAGGAUACAACGAUUUCCACAAUGAUAAACUGUAAAACUCUGAUAAUAUUCACCACAAUUGUCUUCUUAUCGGCGGAGUCGAGACCGUUUGGGGAUUUGUUGAGAGCACUGAUCAGCGGCCACCUGCUCCAUCCGCACACAAGAACAGUCGACCAUCACCACUACUACACAGAUAACACUCACAGACGCAACGACCUCGUGCACGCGCCACACUAUCAUCACUAUGACAUACACCACCCCCACCUCCACCCGCCAAAUGGCGAGCUGCUCCAUAGAGUCCACAGUGACCGCCAACCUGGUGUGAUAUGCUGUCGGAUCAAUCCACUCCAACCAUACUACAAGCAACCCACCGCUCCUAGUGAACAUCAUGUUGAAGGACAUUUGGAUCACCAUGGACUUGUACAAGGGGUGAACAAUCAUGCAUCGGGUCUCCAUACCUCUGUAAUCUACCAUGGACACAUCGGUGAUCAUCAAUCACCGCCACAUCAUCAUCACCAAAUGAUAGACUGCGACAAGCUCCAUAAAAAGGAGCAUGACGAGAAGCAUCAUGAAGGACAUGAUGAUAAGCUCCAAGGAGGUCAUGAUGAUAAACACCAUAACGAUCAGAGUGGAGAACAUCACAAGGAACAUAAUAAACACCAUGAAGAUCACAGUGUGGAACAUCAUGACAAACAUCAUGACAAACAUCAUCACGAAGAUCAUCAUACCGGUAGUCACGGAGAUCAUCAUAGUCAUGAAGAUCAUAGCGAUGAGCAUCACAAUGAUGAUCACCAUGAAGACAAUACUCCGGCAGUCGAUGUCUCCAAUAUCGACGAAAAGCCAUCCUAUGAGGUUUUUGAAAAUGUUUCCGAUGUACCCAAGGAGUCAUUGUCCAAAUCAAACGUGAACGAAAUCAACAAGAAAUCCGAAGAUAAUAUUGUGUUCUCAUGAUUGUGAUCUUAGUUCAGUGUAAAUUAAUGCUUUUCAGCGCAAGAAGCGAACUUUUCUAGCUACCGUAGGCCCCGGAAUAAGUUUGUACAAUUCAAUGUCUAGAACUUUCUCACUAGAUGAAAAACUUCUCAUUCGGUGAAACAAUGACGCAAUCAAGCGAGUCUCAACUUUCAGCAGACUGUUUACUUUCGAUGAGACUGGGAUUUCUGAACAACAGACAAAUGAUUUCAAUUACUCAAACAACAUUGUAAAUAAUAUAAAUUGUAUAAGUGAGUUUCGUGGUUUAUUAUACACUUGCAAUGCAAGUUCUUUGACUGCACGUUUAGGACUAUCUCACUCGACGAAUAAGUUUAGGAUUGAGCAUAAAUCUAGUAUUUCUAUUUAAUAAUUCUCUGUUCCACUGAAUCUUCAAUAAAAAAGUGCUUUUCAGUGUCAAUAUAGAGACUACAGUAAUUGAACAAGCUUUAACGAGUCUGUUUUUAUGCUCUACAAUAACAAACUUUAGAGUGAAUUAACCAAUCAGCUUCAAAUUUUGAACACGUAUUCUCCAAACAUUUUUAUAGAUCAAGUUCGUUGGGUAACAAAAUUGACUCACUCCUCCGUCCUUUUCCAGGAUAUAAAAAUAACAUUGAAAGUGCAUGAGAA